GGGACGUUUUUAUCUGGUGCAGGGCUCUUCUAUGGUGGUCUGGUUUUAAACGGCACUCCCCUACCUCUCUGUUUUUCUCCCACACACAAAACACCCAACUCCACUGCUCUGUUUGUUUGGUUUGACGGAAACCACACAGAGAGGAAAAAAGGCGAUGGUGAAGAUGAGGAUUAUCACGCCCUCUGCACAUCCCUCCUCUUGGGGAUUCCAACUAGCUUCUCCCAAAAGGUUGUUUUGUUGAAUUCUUUUGGAUGAAAAUUCCAAACCCCCCAGAAAUAGUAACCCCAAUCACAAAGGAGAUGAGGUGAAAUGGGAGAUUCACUUCUCACUGCCCUUUCAAUGGAGAAUCAUCAUCCAUCCACACUCUUAUCCAUGGAUUCAAGUGCUUCAUCGCACGAAGACCUGGAUUUAGAGAUGAAUCGACAAAUCAUACUUACUCGCCCACCCGAUAUUAAUUUACCUCUGUCGGCAGAGCGCAGCCCGCCCCCACCGCCGUGGAAUUCUGACCAGUGUGACAUUUUAGAAGUGGGGCUUGCGCCUCAAAUUUAUGAGACUGAGAGCUUCCUUACUAUCCCUAAGGCCGGAAGGAAAUGUGCCAAACGGGUAGAUUGCAUAUGGGGUGCUUGGUUUUUCUUCAGUUUCUACUUUAAGCCUGCUUUGAAUGAGAAGUCCAAGGCAAAGAUUAUUAGGGACAGCAAUGGAGUGUCUGGGUUUGAUAAAUCCGAUCUCAAGCUUGAAGUUUUUAUGGUUCAGCAUGAUAUGGAGAACAUGUACAUGUGGGUUUUCAAGGAAAGGCCUGAGAAUGCAUUGGGUAAGAUGCAGCUGAGGAGUUACAUGAAUGGGCAUUCUCGCCAAGGAGAGCGGUUGUUUCCUUUUAGUGUUGAUAAGGGGUUUGUUCGGUCUCAUAGGAUGCAACGCAAGCAUUAUAGGGGAUUAUCUAAUCCUCAGUGUGUUCAUGGGAUCGAAGUUGUUCCAUCUCCAAAUCUCAUUGGUGUUGAUGAAGAAGAGAGGAAAAGGUGGAUGGAACUCACAGGCAGGGAUAUGAACUUUUCAAUCCCACCUGAGGCUAGUGAUUUCAGUUCAUGGAGGAACCUUCCCAACACAGACUUUGAGCUUGAAAGGCCACCUCCUCCGGUGAAGAGUAACUCGAAUUCCCAUUCAAAGAAAUUGUUGAAUGGGUCUGGGCUGAAUUUGUCAACACAGCCAUCCAACCACAGCAAUGGUGAUGGAAUGGACUUAUCACCUGUUAGCAGCAAGAGGAGGAAGGACUUCUUCCCGCACGGGAACGAUGAUGAUUGUUAUUUGGCUGUUAAUCCUCCUUCUGAUCGAGUUCAAGAUAUGGAGAUUCACCCGAAUGAGCCACCCUGGUUGAAUGAUUUUAGUGGGGUUAUGAGGAAUGUUUAUGGGCCUGUCACAGCUGCAAAAACAAUUUAUGAGGAUGUAGAGGGUUAUUUGAUCAUUAUCAGCUUGCCCUUUGUGGAUCUUCAGAGGGUGAAAGUAUCUUGGAGGAAUACUCUCACCCAUGGUAUCAUAAAAGUGUCUUGUGUGAGCACAUCUCGCAGGCCAUUUAUCAAGAGACAUGACAGAACUUUCAAGCUUACAGAUCCAUCAUCCGAGCAUUGCCCUCCAGGGGAGUUCAUCAGAGAAAUCCCACUCUCAACCCGAAUUCCCGAAGAUGCUAACAUUGAAGCAUAUUAUGAUGGGCCUGGAACAACGCUUGAGAUUUUGGUGCCAAAACUCCGUGUGGGGCCAGAAGAACAUGAGGUUCGUGUUUGCCUUCGUCCUCACCUUGCUGCCAAUGAGCUGAUGCUGACUUGAGGAAGGGGCAUUAAUUAGGAAAUUGUACGGGUGGUGGUGCCAAGGUUGGUGCUUUUGUUUACUAACCUUGUAUCGUACUAUGUAAUCUAUGAAAUGAAAUGUGUGUCUCACAUUUUUAUCUUACUGUAAUUUUUGCUCAGCAAGUGCUAUGGUUUUUGCUCCCAUGCAUACACUUAGGUUUUUCCUGUAAUGAUUUUUUUUUUUUUUGAACUUAUUAUUUAUUCUACUGGCUUAUGUUUAGCUGUUUUGAGUUCAGGGCAGUAGUUUAUAUUUUGAAUUGAGCCUCUUAUGGA